AUGGGAACACUUCCGGACGUAAUCAAAAAUUUUACCGAAUUUCUGGAGACUAGUCUAAAUAGAAAAGUUCUGGUCUAUUCGAAUAAAAUUUACAGCCUUGUCGUCAAAACACCCGUGCUCAAUGUCGUUUUGGCUGAAUAUUUCAACCCAGCAGUGACAUUUGUAAAUGAGGUCCGCUUUUACACAGAUAUAAUUCCGGCUUUGGAACAAUUUGAAGAGAUUGCAAAUGUACCGUUGAAAGAAAGAUUGGAUGCGUUCAUUCCAUGCCUUGGAUCGAGAUUUUCAUUAAAACCUAACGCUGAAUUUGCCGAUUCUGAUGCAAUUUUAAUGCUUGAAAAUAUUAAAGUUCAGAACUUCACCAACGUAAAUAGGCGCAUCGGUCUCAAUACAAAUGAAACAUUGGCAACUCUUAAAUCAAUUUAUGGCGAGAUGAAACGUCGUCUUAAUCUUACUGCGGAAUCACGCUCUGCACUUGACAACAUGUAUGCGAUGCAUGUGAAACAUAUGAAAGACUUGACCAUUCCUACUGAUACACCGUAUACGACGGUUUUUCAUAACGAUUUGCAUAUCAACAAUGUUAUGGUUAGAAAAGAUAACAACUCGGUGAAAGUAAAAAUUUACGAUUUUCAAUUCUAUGCGUAUGAUUCGUUUGUGUUUGAAUUGUCGUACUUUUUAUUCAUAAGUGUUCGUAGCAUUGAUUUGAAGGCGAAUUUUAAGUUGUUUGUUGACUAUUAUAUUUCCGAGUUUCAAAAAAUGAUGAAAUUGGUAAAAUAUCCAUUGGACGAUUAG